AUCGAGGGUGAAAUAACCAGGAAAAAGCGAUUUGGAUGCCAAUCCAUGCUGGAUCAGGUAGAGCUGGUCUGGGCAGUGCGAAGACCCUGCCAAGGGCCCACAUCGCGGUCGUAUUCUCAGCAUGUUUCCUCUUCGAGCUGACCAGCAACACAUCGUCAACCACCGUGUACGCUGCAUCCGAUCGUCUUUCCAAAUAGAGUAACAUAACAUGGUCGGAGUACCGAAAAGCAAUGCAUGUCAAACGUGCUUGCGGAGACGGGUUAAGUGCGAUCUAACCAAACCAUCCUGCAAUCAAUGCACCAAGCGCAAUCUCGAGUGCCCCGGCUAUGAAAAACGCUGGAAAUUCAUGCACCAAACCAAAACGUCGAUCCAAAAAGACCAGCAACGAAACGCUCGGAGCCAACCCCAACCCCACAGAGAAGCUGCCCUGGUCCAAGCUUGCCAAAGCAUCGACGAACGGGUGGAGCCGAACCUAGUCGCCGCAGCCCUAGACCUCCAACAAGUGGAGGUCUUUUGCACGUUCCUAUUGACCAGCUUUCCUGCCCAGUUUGCCUCCUGUGGGAAGCGCGUCGAGGUCAACUGGAUCGAUUAUGCGAGGCGUCCACUCCUCACUGCACCCCAGGCGCUGGUCUGGGCGUACCGCGCGCUGGCGACCGUCUUCAUUGGUCGGAAGUAUAAGGAUAUAAAUAAGGUUACUUGCAGUCGACAUAUGUAUAGUCGGGCAUUGAACUACCUGGCUAGCGUUAUCCAGCAUCCAAAAUUUGCCACGACAGAGGAGGCUCUCGCGUCCGGUAUCCUGUUGACUAUGUAUGAGAUGGUGGAUGGUAUUACAGGAGCGUCGUGGCUAACGCAUACGCGGGGACUGGUAACGAUGAUCAAAAUGCGUGGGCAAGAGGUACAUCGAUCUGGGUUUGGAUUGACGUUGUUUAAAUCCUGUCGAGCGUUUCUGGUCGCCGAUGCAAUGAUCCGAGGGGAACACUGCUUCCUUGGUGAGCCAGAGUGGCGGGCGUUUCUAAGCGAGUUAGCCGACAUCGAAAGCGAGGCUGUCAACCGUAGUGAACUUGCACUCAUUGUUGAUCGGGCAUUCAUAGAGGUUGCCUGCUGUCCUGGAUGGCUAGUCGAGACACAGGCAGUGAUCAAAGCUGAUGACCCCGAGGCCAAGGCAAGGUUGGCGUGGGAAAUCGACUGCAGCCGCUACCGACUGGAUAAACUCCAGGCAGAACUGCAACGUGCGCUAGUUCAUCAACGCCAGGCCUCCAUUCUCGCCUGGCAGCAAUUCGUUGGUCCCAUUCCCUGGGACUUUGUCGACCCAUUCGCGCAGUCCUCGCUUUAUGGUAUGCGAUUGGGCAUUUCGCUGUUAACCCAAUUGAUCGUCUUGCUCAGAGCGGAUCUCCGUAGUCGUUACUAUCUUACUGAGCCGUGGGAGGAUGUUGAGAAGUUCGGUCUGCAGUCGCCGAAUCCGUGGAGUGGCUUGGAGGCGGAUGCACCGGAGUGGCAGGUUCGCUUCGAUCCUGACUAUCUCCGGGAUUCCUAUCAGAUUCAUCCCAGUGGGAAUGAGGAUUGGAUGGAUCGCAUUGUGAUGUCGAUGGGGAUGUUGGGGAUUCGGUCGUGAUUCGCUUUUUUAACUAGGGUGCCUAAGGUAUAAUGGUUUCAACCAAGGCGCUGAAGUGUCAUGAACUGAGUUUUGUUUUAUAUCCACCGAGAACUUCAAUUCAUAGUGAGGCUUAAAGAGC